CCCCCCCGACUGGAGGAGUGGUCUCCUGCGGGUCACGUGGUCCGGGCCUUUGUUGAUGUGCUUGAGUCAGUGGAGAAAGAGCAGGGGGAUAAAAGCCGUCCCGGUCCGACCGUAUCUGUCCGGCGCACACUGGCUGCCUUGGGCCUGGAUGCUGCUGGAAGCCCUUUCGGAUCGUCACCUGGAUCUCUGUGUCCGUGGCACUCCGCGGCUCUGCUCGCCGGUCUGAGUGCGAGGCAGCGGGCGGGGGAUGGAGGCUCAGUCCGGGCUGUGAACAGAUUGGUUUUAGGAGGAGUGGGGGGUCGGUGCGUGAAGCCCCAGGCCCUGCUUCGCUUUGUUGUCCUGGGAUUCAUCGAGCAAGUCUCCUCCCGGCUUUCGCGUCGUUUUCCAGCCUGUUUCUCAUGUUUGCCUUUAUCCUGAGAGAAUGAUGGAGGUUUUGGAGGGAGGAAGGAUUUAAAGAGGUUUUUGGGCAGCGUGAUUUCUUCCUCUCUUCUUGAGCCUCCCCCAUCUCUGUUGCUCUUCUGGACCUCCAUCUGUUUCUCAGACUGCUCACCUCCCCGUCUCUGCCUGGAUCCGUCCUCCACCUAUCACCAGAUCCCGCUUCGCCCUCCAUCAUGGCUCCAGCACACCGGCUCUCCUGCCUGCUGGGCCUGCUGGUUCUGCUGGUUCUGCCCACCGUCCGGACCUCGUUCACCCGCAGUGGAGGCAGCAGCAGUGCAGACUGUGACCCCGGGACGGUUGUCGACUGCACAGAUGUGUCGGAGAAGAAGAGCGACCUGCGAGUGUGCGAUGCCGAGACGUGCCCCUUUGGAGGAACCUGCCAUGAGACCGGAGCCGAAAUCAAGUGUGUCUGUCAGUUCCAUUGCCAUAAGAAGUAUGUCCCUGUGUGUGGCUCCAAUGGAGACACGUACCAGAAUGAGUGUUUCCUGAGGAGAGCUGCCUGCAAGAAGCAGAGAGCCAUCAUCACGGUGUCAGAGGGACCCUGUUACCAUGACGGCGGGUCAGGAUCCGGAGAUGCAGAUGACGAGGGAUCUGGUCGCGGGAAAAAGGCCUCGAAAUGUGGAAACUGCAAGUUUGGAGCCGAGUGUGAUGAAGACUCUGAGGACAUGCUCUGCAUGUGUAACAUUGUGUGUAACGGCCACAAUGACAACCCAGUGUGCGGCAGCGAUGGCGUCACCUACGACACGCCGUGCCACGUCCGAGAGGCAUCCUGCCUCAAACAGCUGAAGAUCGACAUCAAACAUGUGGGACGCUGCCAAGACAAAAGCAGAAAGGACGACAGUGGCAAGACUAAGCCAGACGUCUUCGCGGUACCCAAAUCCAGUGACGGGGAGGGGUUUGUGGACCACUGUCCUGAAGACUACGCCCAGUUUUGUGAACACGGCCACUGUGAGAUGAGACAAAACCUGCCGACCUGCAGGUGUGAGGCGGCCUACGGAGGUCCUCAGUGUGAUCAGCUGCUGGACUUCAACAUCCUGUACGUGGUGCCCAGUGGGCAGAAGCUGCACUACGUCCUCAUUGCCGCCAUCAUUGGAGCUUUUCAGAUCGCCGUCAUUGUAGCUGUGGUCAUGUGCUUCACCAGGAGGUGCAACAAGACGAAACGUGGCCGGAGACAGAAGCAGCACCUCGGCCACUUCCCAUCAGGAACAUCCUCCAGGAUGAUACGACAGGGUGCAGACGUCCAGCCCGGUCUGUGGCUGUCGUGAUGCUGCCAUCCUCUGAGACUCUGAGACACUGCGGAUCCUCCGACAGGAAACGAACAUUAUUUAUCUGACUGAUUCUUCAUGCUGGACCGUCCAUGUACAAACUGAGGAAACCCGGUUUCUUGCUGUUCUCACCCUGAGGGCGCAGACUGCUGCUGCUUCUCUUUAAUGCCUAGACUGGACUUGAAGGAAGAGUAAACGCAUUUGGUUUAAAUUCAGGAUUGUGGAAGGGACGGCCUCGUUCUGAAUAGGCUUAGAGGCUGCUGACAUGUUAAAUACCACUGAAUUUAUGUGAUUUGAACUCAACUCUCUGAAAUUUCCAGAGUUUUCAUAGUUAAAAGCAAUAUUCGGAGCCACCAAAGAGACAACAGCCUCCUCUUGUAGGCUGAGAGAUGUGAUGCUCAGAUCACAUGACAUCUAUAGCCCGAUGUUUAAGAUUGUGAGCAGCUUGAUUUUUUUUCCUCGUCCAACAGGUAGCCGAUCCAGAGGAAGACCCAGGACACGCUUGAGAGAAUAUACAUCCCAUGUGGCCUAGGAACACUUUGGAAGGAGCUGGCAGACAUGGCUGUGGACAGGGAAGUCUGGACUGCCUCGCUGAGACAGAUCCACUGGGUCUUUAAGUAAUCCCACAGGGAAGGUGCAGCAUCUGCUUUACAAAGUCACAGAAACGAAGGAGAAUUA